AUGGAACAUAAAGAUUAUAAUAUAAAAAAUGAUAGACAAACUUCCGGUAUUUUUUUAGCUGCAACUAAAAUGUAUCAAGACUCAUUAUCUGAUUUCCAAUGUAUGAGGGAUAGAUUAUUAAAUUGGAAAAAGGCACUAAAUGACUCCAAAGUUCAAAUGCAUCGAGAUUUUACAUACUUAAAAGAUAUAGCUAUUAAAUCAAUUGAGGAGAUACUUAAGGAUUUAGUAAAUGAACGUAAAGAUAAUAUAGAAAAUUUAAAUAAUCAGAUUGAACAACUGAUAAAUGUAAUAAAUACUAGUAUUGAAUGCACCUCAGCUUCAAUUAUGGAGUUUGAAAAACAAGUUUACCAAUGGCGAAAUGAAGAAUCUGAUAUAAGUGAUUUUUAUGAAACAGACUAUAAUAAAUGGACAAAUUUAGAUAACUCAAGAAAAAGUAGUGGUUAUGCAUACUGGACUUUAUCUAGACAGCUAAAGAUAUCAGUAGAUAUGCUUAAUCCAUUUAAUAAGCAGAAACUUAAACUUCCAAAAUCAAUAAUAUUUGUUAUAAAUCCUAAUAAAUUAAUAUGCAAUAGUGGUGAUAAAGAUGCAAUAAUUUUAAAUCCAUUAAAAGAAGAAGCUCUAAAAAAUUGUGAAUAUGAAAAAUAUGAGAAUUAUUGUAUAGAACAAAAUAUUACAGAAACAAAUGAAGAUAAUAGUAAAUCUACAAAAGAAAAUAUAUCUUUGUCUAAUAAUAGCUUACAUGGAAACAAGAAGAGUAAAAAAGUAAGUGGAAUAAAAGACAAAAGGAAUGUGUCUAGAAGUUCUUCGGAAAGUUCUAUCUCCAAGAGCAAAAAAGAAACAAGUGAAUAUCAAAAUUUGAUAUAUGAUCAUGAGGUAUCACAUGGAGAUAUAUCGAAUAUUGAAAAUGAAUAUUCAUUAAACUAUGGUACUAAUGAUGAAUUACAGAAAACUAUCAAGGACUAUGCAAAUUUAUAUGCAGAGUAUUUGAUCAACCAGAGCUUAUCGAAAAUUCCUAAUUUAUUUACUUAA